GAUCUGGGCUUGCAGUUUAACCUUUCUUCUGGUUUGUUCCUUUGUCCGUCUGUUAGUUUCUUCUUUUCGAGUGUCAUCUAGUUUCCGGAUAGAUUGUGGGGUUUUUUCAAGGGUGAAAAAGUAGUUAUGGUGUGCCAAGCAGCGAGCAAGACAAGAUUCCGGGCGUUGAAACAUUUGAAUGGGAUUGCAGGGAGUUCGACCAUUAUAGUUAGAGUCAUAGCAUGUUUUCAUCAAUUACAGGAUUGUCAGGCUGAGUACUUUCGUCAUUUGCUGAAGCCCGUUACGUAGAGUAGUAGAGUGCUCGUUGUUUUUAUUCUUCGAAUUAAGCUGGAGAUUAUAAUUAUUUUCUUUGAUCCUGAUUCUUGAGUGAGGCAACAAGCAAUCUUUUCUUACCCAUUACUCCUGGUUAUUGCUCUUGUUAAAUGGGAAAGAACUUUCGUUCUUGGAUUGAACAGCAGCAUUCUGCUUUGCAAUCACUCAAUUUGAACUGCACGAGCCCUAUGCCGGAUCUGGGCCUGAAUAAUACUUUCUCUGCUUAUGCAAACCCUCAGUCUCUUGUAGCUUCUGCUAAUAGCACACUGCCAGUACCGGGAGUUGCUUUUCCUGAGCUCAGCCACUUGAAGAUGGCACAAGCAACUGAGUCUCAUGGGUGGUUCUAUUUUUUACCACGCCACCGGCAGGCAACCUUUGCUCUGCCCGAUUGCAUUGGCACAGACAAUUUUUCUGCAUUCUCUCGUGGAUGUUAUGGCCAGGGGCUAACCACACCCAAUGCAGAAUCAGGUUCUGUUCAGAAGCGAUUCCUUGUAUUUGAUCAGUCUGGGAAUCAAACGAGCUUCUUUAUUAGUUCAGUGAUUGGUCCUACUGUUCAAGUCCAACGCCCGAAUUAUAAAAUUCAGAAUCCGCUUGAUGGUCAUGGAGUACAUGAAGAGCUGGCAACUAGUAGAGAUCCAAUUUAUCAAUCUGGGACUGUUGUUUCUGAUGGUUUGGAUGAGAAUCAGGAAAGUGAUGGUGGAAGUGAAAUGCGUGAAGACACAGAAGAACUAAAUGCUCUACUGUAUUCUGAUGAUGAAUUUGAAGAUACUGAUGAUGGUGAAGAAGAUGAUGAGGUGGCUAGCACGGGUCAUUCCCCUAUUGAAAUGAUAGGCCACGAGAAGCAAGAAGAAGAAGAAGUUGCAAGUUCAGGUGGCCUAACUAAGAGGAGGAAAUUGCUUAAUGGCGAACAUGAAGCAACAUCUUCAGUCAUGGACACUGCAAAUUCGGCAAAACCCAAUGUCUUGACCUCGGAGUAUGAAGACGACGCUCAAUCAAGCUGCAUCAAAGGCAGGACAAGAGGAAGAGAGAUGGGUUCACUGAAGCGGUUGAGGAAGGAGAGGAUAAGGGAGACAGUGAGCAUUCUGCAGAGCAUAAUUCCGGGUGGGAAGGGUAAGGAUACUGCUUUGGUCCUUGAUGAAGCAAUCCAAUACCUGAGAUCACUAAAGGUUAAAGCCAAAUCUCUUGGGACCUCUACUACUCUCCAGUAAAGUGAAGCUUUACCAGUACUAGUACACUAGUUAGUGGUUGUUGUCGUGUGAUAUGAUUUUAGGUGCAGUGUUAAUAUAGUAGUACUAUUCAGUGGAUUUCUCUUGGAUU